AUGUAUUCCAGUUUGCCGCCACGAGGGGGCUAUCAACGUGAACUUGAUGAACCUGGUGAUGAAAAUGCUCUUCUACGACAUGUUGUGUAUAUAACUGGCCUACCAAAGGAAAUUCAAAAUGAAACAUUAGCUGAAGUAUUUAGUGCCGCAUGUGGACCAAUUGCACCAGUUGAUGUACGUUCACCAAAACCAAAAAUUUGGGUUUAUAAAGAUCGACAAACACGUGAAGGUAAAGGAGAAGCUACAAUAACAUUCAUCAAUCCUGAAUCAUGUCAAAUGGCUAUCAAUUAUUUUAAUGAAUUAUUCGGACGAGAAAUUCGUGUUACAUUAUGUCCAAGACGUAUGUACAGUAUGCAAAAACAAAAUACACCAUUUAAUCCUGCUGCACCACCAAUGAAUACAACUACACCUAUUUCUUCUAUGAUUAAGUCAAUAUCGACUAAUAAUAAUGCAGUUACAACAACAACAACAACAACAACAAUGCCGUCGUCAACAUCGACUACAACUGUUACUGUCACUUCACCAUCAUCAACAAUACCAACGACAACGACUGCUUCAUCAAAUGUUGUUACAGCAGCGAAUCCAAUAGCAACAAUUUCAUCGUCAACACUUGGAUUACCUCGUCAAUUGAAUCAUUCAUUAUUUAAAUUAAGACAAACACCAGAACAACAACGUGGGCUUUUACCAACACCACCUAAUUCUUUUGGAGCAUCAAUAAUGACUAAUGCACUUCAACGUGAUGGUGUUCGAAAAGAAUUACCUCGGAUUGUUCUUUAA